CCAAGCAGCUGGACAGAACAGGAAACAGGGGGUCAUCUAUUCUUUUUUUGAAGGAAGAACAACAAUUUGGUCUCACAGUGGCCUGUAGCCGCAGCCUAAUAAGAACAUAACGCCCAUACCGUAGAUUAUCGGUACAAAGCAGUGUCGUUUCUUGUGUUUUGACUGUUUUCUUAAUUAUUUUUGGAUGAAAAACGCCAAUUGUUAUUUUUCCUCAAAAUUUAGGAUAUUAGCACCAGAGAAGACUCCCACCAUGAACACAAUGAAACUCACUCUCAUCCUUUCAUCAAUCACAGCAUCGGUUACUGCUUUUUCUGUCUCCAAAUCUUGCAGUUCGAAGAGCACGGUUCUCAAAAAUUCCCCUUUCGAGAAUGAAAUCGGCGCUCAGCAACCUCUUGGAUUUUUUGAUCCACUUGGUCUUCUCGACGAGGCCGACGCCACUCGGUUCAAUAGACUCAGAUACGUUGAGCUGAAGCAUGGACGCAUCAGUAUGCUUGCUGUUGUUGGACAUAUUGUCACCACGGGUGGGGUCAGACUUCCUGGUGACAUCGAUUACCACGGGACCUCCUUUGAGUCUAUCCCAUCGGGUCUAGCUGCUAUUUCGAAGAUCCCUACUGCUGGUCUUCUUCAGAUCUUUUUGUUCGUAGGCCUCCUCGAGCUUGGUGUCAUGAAGGAUAUUACCGGUGAUGGUGAAACCGUUGGAGAUUUCAGAAACGAUUUCCUUGAUUUUGGUUGGGACACAUUUACACCGGAGGAAAAGGAACGAAAGCUUGCGAUCGAGUUGAACAACGGGCGCGCUGCACAGAUGGGAAUUCUUGGAAUGAUGGUUCACGAAAUGUUGCCCUCGCACGAUCCUUACAUGAUCAACGGAUUUGCUGGAAGUCCAAUUGAUUUCAACGCUGGCUUCUGAAUGGGGUGAUGUUUCCAAUAAUAAUCACAACGCAACAAUGGUUUUCUCACCAUACCACCCCAUGCAUGAUAUGCCAUGCAACAACAACAACAACAACAACAGCGAGGACCACUGGUCUAGUCUUGAUCACUAGAUUCGUACACGGAUAUUUUUGAUUUGUGGCAAGGUACUGCUCUACACGCUUUUCCAUGCCUCCUUCGGAAUAUCUAGGAGAAGCCUUCGCGAAUCCUCGCUGUCAAAAAGGUAAACCAAUAAAAUUCGACAAAGACUCGAACUGCACUAGACUGCAGAGCAAACAAGCAAAAGGCUUCCGUUUUGCGGAAACACAGCAAAAAACUUAGAAAAUUAUGAAAUAAUUCAAAUGUUUUAUG